AGACGCUAUAAUAGACCAUUGGCCACUUGUCAGUGUUAAGGGCCAAACUCCUCCCUACAGAAUAUAACAGUCCACAACACAUUAACUAUCAAUCACAUCCUAUCCACUGAACUUCUUUGUGCAGAGCCUGGUUACAUCUUCAACAAGCCUAACUAGCCAGGAAACCAUACAUCAGUUUUAGGUCCCAGCAGCUUAAUUGGCAUCACACAGCAGUGUGGAGGAGUCUUUUCUACAGUAAGGGCAGCAUGUUUCAGGAGAUUUUGGGCUUUAUUUUAAGCACUUCAGGGUGGGUGCUGGUGUCAUCCACUUUGCCAACGGACUACUGGAAGGUGUCUUCACUUGAUGGAACAGUCAUCACCACAGCUACCUACUGGUCCAAUCUGUGGAAGACCUGCGUCACUGAUUCAACUGGAGUUUCCAACUGCAAAGACUUUCCCUCGAUGCUGGCACUGGAUGGCUACAUCCAAGCAUGCAGAGGAUUGAUGAUCACAGCCAUCUGUCUGGGGUUUUUUGGCUCUAUAUUUGCCCUUGUUGGAAUGAAAUGCACCAAAAUUGGAGGAACUGACAAAAACAAAGCUAGGAUUGUCUGCUUUGCUGGUGUAAAUUUCAUUCUUAGUGGCCUGUGCUCACUCUCAGCGUGCUCCCUGUACGCACACCGGAUAACAUCAGAGUUCUUUGAUCCAAUGUUUGUGGCACAGAAGUAUGAACUCGGAGCUGCUCUCUUUAUCGGCUGGGCAGGUUCAAUCCUCUGUAUCCUCGGAGGCAGCACGCUCUGCUUCUCCAUCGCAGGUUCUUUUACCAAAAGCCACAGUGAGGCAAACUAUAUUUACAGAGGUGCCGCCUCACAUUCUCAUAUCUCCUUCAACCCAAGAGGGCAGGCAAAGUCUGUAAACCAUGGGCCGCCUCCAGACUACAGCAACUCAUCCAGGAUUCAGCACUUUGAUAAGAAUGCGUAUGUGUGAGGGAUGUGAAUAUGAAACACUUUUAGUCAAAGCCACUGAAAGAUAUACUGUAUUCUAAGUCUAAACGAUACAGAACACUUUGUGAACAUUUGCAGAUAUUGAGUUGUGGCUCACCAGGAAUUAGGUUCAAAAUAUUAACAUGUUUCUUCCAAGGGUACGAAUUUAAAAUUAUAGCAUACAGUUUACUCUCUGAUCUUGGGAAAUGUAUAUUUUAUAUAUUUGACUGUGCAUUGAAUGUUAACAUUAUGUAUGUAUUAUAAUUAAACAGCCAAAUCAAAAACAUUGGUUCAAAAUGGACCUUUCUGAGCAAAUUCUCUAUGUAUAUUUUUUUUAGAUGUGUAAUAUUUUGUAAGACAUUUCCUUUGUUGGUUGUAUAUUUAACUGCAAGUAACAUGCACAUGUUGUUAAUCUGUAAUGACAAUAUUUAAAACUGUGUUAAACACAGAUUCUCCUAUUUCCAUGACAUAACCAUUAACUUUGAUUUUGUAAUAAGCAAACUGGAAAACGGUCUAAAAAGGGGGUUCUUUCUCUUUAUUGUCCCUGUAAGAAGUGAAAUGUGAAUCUCCAUUUUUAAACAGUAUGAGUAAAAAUAAAACAGAUACAAAUAAAUAGAA